CCUUCCCACAAUCUCAGCCAUGCCACGUUAAGAGUUUUCACCGCUGGUGCAAAUAUGGGGAGCGUCCUUACCGAGCGCGCAAUUAGGGAUAUAUCCCAGGAAGAUGACCUGAACCAGGUGGUCGCGCUCGAGCUGCGGAACCGGGGCUUGACGGAGCUAGGGCCGAUUGACAAAUGCAGAGGCCUGAAGGUCCUGGACCUCGGGUUUAACCAGUUGAAAGGAUUGAAGGGGAUUGAGGGCCUUGAAAAGCUUAAGGAGCUUCGUCUGGGCGACAAUAAGCUUGCAGCCUUGUCCGGGCUGCAGAAGCUCUCGGAGCUGCACACGCUUGCGCUCGAUGGCAACAUUCUCAAUAGCGCAGAGGGUCUGCUGGGGUUGCGGAGCCUCAAGGUGCUCAACUUCGCCUUCAACCAGCUCACCUCGCUCAGCUCGCUCGGCCGGCUCACCUCGCUGGAGAUGCUCAACGUGGCGGGGAAUCAGAUCGCUGACCUGGAGGGCCUCAGCGCCUGCCCCAACCUACGGGUGCUCAACGCGUGCUCUAACCGGCUCACGCACCUGAAGGGUUUGGCGCGCUGCGCCAACCUGCAGGAGCUGCACGUCGCCGACAACAAGCUGGCGGACCUGUCGGGGCUCAAAAUGGUGGCCAGCAACCUCGAGAUUCUGGACAUCAGCGGCAACGGCCUGGCCUCGCUGACGGGGCUGUGCUCGCUGCCCAAGCUGGGGGAGCUGUAUGCGCGUGAGAACGGCGUGGAGGCGGUGGCGGGGCUGGCAGUCAAGAUGCCGGCGCUGGAGCUGCUGGACCUGGCGUCGAACCGGCUGGCGGGCCCCGCGGCCGCGGUGGCGGAGGCGCUGUCGCCGCUGACGGAGCUGUCGGCUCUGCAGCUGCACGGCAACACAGGGCUGGGGCCCGGCUUGCCGCCGCGCCGGCCUUCCUCCGCAACCCACAGCGGCGCCGCCGCCUCAGCCUCGUCAAAUGGGGUGGGGGCGGGAGCGGGGGCGGGGGCGGGGGCGGGGUGCGGGUACGUGGCGACCAUGUUCGCCGCGCUGCCCGCCCUGGAGCUGUGCGACGGGCAGGAGCGGGCGCAGGUGCUGGUGCUGGCGCCGGGGGCGCCGGGCGGCGACCCGCAGCAGCAGCAGCAGCAGCAGCAGCCGAUCAACGGUGCCGCCAACGGCGGGGGCCGGUCGCAGGGAGCGGGAGCGGAGGGCGGCGGCGUCGGCGGCAGCCUGGAUCCCACGUUUGCGGAAAUGGAGGCGUUCCGGCAGCGGCUGGGCAUCAAGACCUACGCGCCGCAGUUCCAGGGGCGGCCGGGCUCGGCGGCGGGCAACCGGCCCGGCACGGCGAGCGGCCGGCCGGGCAGCGCCGGCGGGAGACCCGGCACUGCCGGCGGGAGACCGGGGACAGCGAGCGGCCGGCCGGGCACGGCGGGCGGGCGGCCGCCCAUGGGCCCCGCGGGCCGCCUGGCGGGCGGUCCGGUGAUGGACCCGGACGCCUUCGCCGCGGCCUUGGGUGACUUCAGGGACACCAUGGCGUCAUACAGCUCCAACCUGAAGGCGGUGCUGGGCCAGAUGCGGGCCAACCUCAAACUGCCCGUGUAUGAGGUGGCCAGGAAGCUCAAGGCGCAGGGGGCCACGGAGCUGCCGCGUAUGCCCAUGGCUCCCGAGUUCUCCGCCGCCCCCCGCAACAACACGCUGGCGGCGCUGGCGGGCGAGGACGCCAAGGACGUGGAGGCGCGCGAGGAGGCGCUGCAGAUGUACGAGCGGCUGUUCGGGAGAGCCAGCGGCGCAGCAGCAGCCAGCAGCAGCAGCAGCGGAGCAGUAGCCAGCAGCAGCAGCGGAGCAGGGGCUGCGCCGGGGGCUGGGGGGCUGCAGACGCCGCCGCGGACGCCCAUGUCGCCUGCGGCCGGGGGCCGCGGUGGUGUGGGGGCUGGCGGGCUGGGGCUGGGGCUGGCUGCAAAGCCGGUGCUGGGCCCGGUGGGCUCCGGCGCGGGGCCGGGGCCGGCUGGCGCGGGCGUGGGCGUGGGUGCUGGCGCGGGGGCUCGGCGGCUGAGCGACGAUGAGGAGGACGAGGUAGAGCUGCGGUCCUCUUACACGGAAGUGGGGGCGUUGCGGCCGGCGGCAGGCGGCGCCGCCGCCGGCACGCCGCCGGCUUCGGGUUCCCGGCCCAGCAGUAGCAGCAGCGCGGCGGCGGGCGCAGGCGCUGCUCGGGGUGUGGGGGCGGCGGCGGGGUCCGCGGGGCUGCGCGUGGCGCUGCCAGCCGGGAAGGCGGUGCCGGGCGGCGGCGCUGGGCCAGCGGUGGGCGGCUUCGUGGCACCCAAGCCGGCGCUGCUCGCGAAGAAAGCCGCUGCCGCCGGCACGCCCACAGGCGGCGCGAACUCGCCGGCUGUGGCGGCAGCGCGGCCGCCGUCGCCUGGCGCCGCGGCGCGUGGGGCGACAACGGGAGCCAGCCCGGCGCUCAAUCGCGUGCUUAGCAGCGGGGCGGGCUCGGCGGGGGCGGCGCCUGCGUCGCCGGUGUCUCCAGCGCUGCUGGCAGCGCGGAACUCUGCUGGAGGCGCGGCUGUGGGCUCGCCAGCUGGCGCGGCGGCAGCGGCGGCUCCGGGCUCGCCUGCGCUUGGAGUGGGUGCGGCAUCUUCGCCGGGCUCUGCGUCUAGACCUGCCCGGCCCACGAGUGCCGGGAGGUCGGUUCCCAAGAAGCUGACUGGCAGCUUGGCGCCACGAACAGGGGGCGGCAUGAUGCGAGCUGCGGGCGGCUCGUGAGCAAUGCCGUGUCGUGUAUACAGGUGGUCAAUGCGGGCUGUGUUGGGUUGAAGAAGCGGUAGUGUGGUGUGGUGGGACGGAGGCUGGUGGUGCGGGCGUAGGCGUGUGGACAUUGGCACUCGAGUCAAGGACUGCAUCGUGUGCGUAUCAAUGCAGACGGGCAAGCACCGGCACGGUACAUACUGUAAACAUUGUCAGGC